UUAUUUGAACUGAUAAUAUAAAUAAAAAUGAAUAAGUUAACCCAAUUAGACGAAAAUUUACCAGAAGAGUUCCUUGAUGAGAAUGCUUGAGCUUUAAAUAUCAACGUGUCUUUAAACAUUGAGAGGAACAUGUCAAGCUCUCCAUUUAGAAGCAAGGCUACUUCUAUGAGACAAAUUCCACCAAGUGCCGCACAGUUUAAUAGACGGGAGGUAUGACCUAGAUCGAGUAAGAAGACCUCUGGGACUACAAAACAGCUUAGUCCUUUCUCAGAAGACUUGCUGCCUGAGAAAAUCAAAUCUGAAGGCAAAAUCCCUGCCUCAAGAUUACAGAGUGAUAUUAAAAAGCUUUUGAAAAUCGCUGUUCAAAUGAGGAGUCAGUCCAAUUCUUGCUCAGGAGUAGAGGAGACCCCAAUUCCAGUCAAAGAGUGCAAACAGCCACCAAGAUUGCAAUUGGCUAAGGAGUUUACCAUCCACGAAGUGCAGAGUGCCAAAUGCUUCUCUGAUUCUUCAUAAAUCUUAAUUUAUUCUCUAAUUUCUUUUAUGAAA